GUGGGCAGGGCGGGUGGCACGGGGAAGCCCCUGCCGCCUGAGCCAUCGGAGGGCACAGAGCGGCACCGGGGCCAUGGAGCGGCCGCUUCGGGGCCGUGCUGCGGUGUUGGCUGCAGCCCUCCUGCUGCUGCUGCUGCUGGGCGCCCAGGGCCAGGGCAGCGCCCCCAGCCCUGGCUGCGGCUGUGCCCGCGACUCUCAGAAGAGGAACGGUCUGCUGUGUUGCAGGGGCUGCCCAGCAGGACAGUACCUGGCAGCCCGCUGUACAAAGCCUUGUGGCAAUGCCACCUGCCUCCCAUGCCCUCAGGGCACCUUCCUGGCCAGGGAGAACCACCACGAGAUCAGCUGUGCCCGCUGCGGGACCUGUGAUGACCAACUCUCCCAGGUGGCUCUGAGGAACUGCUCGGCGGUGGCAGACACCAGCUGCGGCUGCAGGCCAGGCUGGGUCAUGGAGUGCUUGGACACGCGCUGCGUCGGCAGCCUGCUCUUCCAGUGUCGCUCGUGUGUGGACUGCGGUGCCCUGCACCGCCACACACAGGUGCCCUGUUCCAGCACAAAAUGUGGCGCCUGUCUGCCUGGCUUCUACGAAUAUGGCAACAGCUGUGUGUCCUGCCCCACGAGCGCCCCCUGGAGCUGUCCUGGGCCCUGUGCGGCAGUCUGUGGCUGGAGGCAGACUGCUCUCUCAGUGUUCUGGGUCCAGGUGCUCCUGGUAGGCCUGGUGGUCCCACUCCUGCUCGGUGCCACCCUGACCUACACAUACCACCGCUGCCAGCCCGGCAAGUCGAUGGUUCCCGCAGAUGGAGCUGGGAUGGAGGCCCUGACCCCACUACAGGCCACCCACCUCUCACCCUCAGACAGAGCCCACGCCCUUCUGGCGCCACCCAGCGGUAGCGAGAAGACAUGCUCCGUCCAGCUGGAAAGCAAUGGCUGGACCUCUGGUCUCCACACCCAGGAAGCACCCUGCCCAGAGCUGCCGUGGCCCUGGGACCAGCUGCCCCACAGAGCUCUUGGCCCCCCGCCACCACCACCACCGCAGAGCCCCCCAGCGCCGCCUGCAGGUUCGGCGGCUACCAUGCUCCAGCUGGGCCCGCAGCUCUAUGACGUGAUGGACGCCGUGCCUGCCCGGCGCUGGAAGGAGUUCGUGCGCACACUGGGGUUGCGUGAGGCCGAGAUCGAGGCCGUGGAGGUAGAGGUUGGCCGCUUCCGCGACCAGCAGUAUGAGAUGCUGAAGCGCUGGCGCCAGCAGCAGCCCGCGGGCUUGGGCGCCAUCUUCGCGGCCCUGGAGCGCAUGGGGCUAGACGGCUGUGCUGAGGACCUGCGCAGCCGCCUGCAGCUCAGCCCAUGACGCCGGGACCACCUGCCAACCGGGGGCUACGGUGGCCCUUGGCGAAGCCCUAAGUACCGUUACUUAUGCGUGUAGACAUUUUAUGUCACUUAUUUAUGUAUGCCUCUGGCAUGGCCCUGCGUAGCAGCGCUAGCCGGCCUCACCCUGCUGCGCCCCCCUGGCUUCUGGUUAAGGCAGAGAAGCACCAAUGAACAUGGACGGACAGGGGAGGGUCAAGGGGAUUGCUCAGCUGUUUCUCAACCUGAGUCUGGCCGAGGCCGUGGUAUUAAAUCUAUGAAAAACC